AUGAACCUAAUCUGCUCAGGCACAGUACAUAACCUCCUCCUUCUCAUGGUGGUGGACGGGAUCGCAAGCGCUACGUAUUCAAUAUCUUUUUUUAUCGGCACCUACCCUCACACAACAGUUAUGCAAGCCAUACCGGACGAUAUACUCCCAAAAACAGACAAUCAAGUGCAAAGCCGCGGCACCACGCUAGUAGCAACCUGUGUGCUCUUUAUCGUGCUCGACACAGUUUUCGUUGGGCUGCGCCACUACGCACGACGGUAUCUCAAAUCCAUGCCCUUCGCUUCCGACGACUUACUUGUGUUGCUCGCGUGGCUGACGCAUAUCGGCGUGUGUGUUGUUGUGAUCAUAAUGGUCUAUGAUGCUGGCAUAGGCCAUCUUGGCAAAGGCGACAUAUGGACCGACCCUAUACGUUUCGUCGCCUGGUCCAAAUCGAUUUACGCUCUACAAAUGCUCUACUUCUCUGCAGUAGCGCUACCUAAGAUCUCGAUCUGCCUCCUCUACCUUUCCAUCUUUGAUAGAAAAUCCACCAGGCUGGCCACGCACCUGAUCCUAUGGGUGCUGGUGGUGAAUUGGGUGGUUUGGAUUGUUGUUACCUUGCUACAGUGCAGGCCAAUUGCGUACCAGUGGAACAAGAACAUCCCAGGCGGUCGGUGCGUCAGUCUUCUCGCCAUAUAUAAGGCUUCCGGCGCGCCCAAUAUCGCGACCGAUGUUGCUAUCUUGGUGCUCCCUAUGAAGAUGGCGCUGCAGUUGCACUUGUCAUGGUCACGGAAACUGGGCGUCUUGGUCGUCUUCUGGACGGCGAGUAUUCCUUCCUCCAAGACUCAUUUUGUUUCUAUCAUUUGGUCUUCUUUCUCCUAUAUGGAUUCGGAAAGAGCUGAUUACGGUAAUGAGUUUAGUGGCAUCGUAGCUUCCUGCAUCCGCAUGGCCUGUUUCUUCCAGUCCGAUAGGUCUUUCGUGGGCCGCAUCGAUACCUACCUGUGGACCGUCAUUGAGCCCGGCAUGUACCUUGCUGCCGUGUGUUUUGUGCGUCUCCGUCCUAUGGUAGCCCUCGCGAGGGGAAAGAUGCACAUCACGAAUAUCUGCAGCUCGCGAUUGAGGUCCUCAAGCUGGGUGUAA